GACAGCUGUUUAUUAUUUUUUAGACGACGUGUAUUUUGCAUUUGUUAUUAAAAUAAAUUAGUGAAAAAUACUUCUACACGAAUUUAACUGCAAUUUCACUGCACAAAUAACAAACAAAAUGAGGUGCUUAAUGCUGAUAUUUGGCUUAAUGUUCGUGGCGACGGCGCACGAAGCCAAAGAUUUUGAUGAUUCGGUGCUUUACAAAAUUGAUUUCGAAAUACCCGAUUUGUUGGGCCAACCGGAGCUAAAUAAUCAGCUACGGUCGUUUUACACACUGGACAAAGAGAAGUAUGAAUGUUUGAUUCCCACUUUGGAGACGCCCAAAGAGGAGGAGAAAUCCAAUCAGCCAGAGCUGUCACCAAUUGGCAUUCUACAGCCGAUAUUCUCGGGACCCACCUGCUCCUAUCGCAUCGAAGCCUAUUGGUCAUAUGAGAUAUGCCAUGGCCACCAUGUGCGGCAGUAUCAUGAGGAACGUGAGGGUAAAAAUGUGAAAUUCCAAGAGUAUUAUUUGGGCAAAUGGAGUGAGGAAAAGACUGAGCUGGCAAAAAAAGAAUGGGAGGCCGAACGCAAGGCUGGCGGUGGCAAGCCCAAGUACAAGACGCUGAAAAUUGACAAUACUCGUUAUCCGUAUUUCGAAAUGGAAUUCAACGAUGGCACCAUGUGCGACAUUAUUGAGGCACCGCGCACAACAAUGGUGCGUUAUGUGUGCUACCCACAUGGCAAGGAUGAUAUUUAUUCGUUUAAAGAGACUUCGUCAUGCAAUUAUGAAGCCAUCAUUCUGACAUCGUCGUUAUGCAGUAUUCCUGCCUUUCAUGCCGAGGAAACUAAAGAGAUUUCAAUUAAAUGUUUCAAUUCACCAACGGAGACGCACAAACCUUUGAGUAUGCUGCGUCAAGAGCUCAAGGAAUGGACGGAUAGUGAAAGUGAUUUACUCAUUUCAAAGGAGAACAAAAUGCCAUCCAAAUUGUGGACAAAGUCGGAUGUAGAGAAUAUUAUCUUAGAGAUGAUGGCCAAUGACGAAAUUGAUAGUCAAACCGCAUAUCAACAGCUUGUCUUAUCUCGAAAUACACAAGGAACAACACCAGCACCUUUAAAUGAUAUGACACCGCUUAUUGAAUUCAUAUCCGGGAAAAACUGUCUAACUGGCGGCACUGGUUGGUGGAAAUAUGAAUUCUGUUACGGUCGACAUGUACGUCAAUUCCAUAAGGACAAAAACAGCGAAGUAGAACUGUUUCUGGGCUACUAUUCAGAAGAACUGCAUCGAGCUUGGUAUGCUACCCAACCUGAGAAGGGGGCCCGACAAGCGGUCUCUUCGUCAUUGUGGCAUCACUACUCAAAGGGUACACACUGUGAUCAGACUGGAUUGCCGCGUGAAGUGAACGUUAAACUCACCUGCACUCCAGUUACGUCCAGCGGCACUGCAGUGUCUAUGUAUUUGAUGGAGCCAAAGACAUGCCAUUAUAUUUUGGUAGUGGAAUCGCCCAUUAUUUGUGGUCUUAUGCAGUAUGCAGAUGAAAAUGAUCUAGUUAGUCUGGAACAUUUACAAAAGAUUUUGACUGUAGACAAAUCAACGACACCACCCACAACAGCUCGGACUGCAGAAUCCGAGGAGCAGAUACGGUCUUAGAUUCCAUGGGGUAGUAAAUUAAUAAAUAAUAUAAAUACACAUUAAAUAU